AUGGAUGUUCCGCGGAAUAUUAGCCACUCCGCUUCUCAGCUCUUUCUACUGGAUAAAGAAUCGUCUGAGUAUAAAGCUUUUCUUGCUAUUGCACAUGUGCCUCAUCCAGAUCGAACUAUUCUAGGUUCCUUUAUCAACGAUGCAUUCGAUCCCGAGGAAGCAGCUCGAUACUUUCUUCAAAUAACCUCUAGAGAAGAUAGCUCUACAGCACCGCCGAGGGAGGCAGUGCUACAGUUUCUAUCAGACUGGAAAACCCUUAUCAACAAGUUUCGGCCAACGAUAGCUACUUCGCUCUCCAACGACACGAAAAAGCUAAUAUAUGAACGAGAUGGAGGUCAAUGUUGCCUUACGCGCGCUCCGUUCAAGUCUUACUUCGAUCAAGGGCUAGAGUAUGUUCAUAUAAUUACGCCUGGUGUGUUUGCAGACCCAGAGCUAUCAGAAGGGACAACUUUAUUUGAAAUGCUAAACGCCUUUCUAUCUGGAAAGGUAUUGGAUGUCGUUCGCUCGUCUAUGUUGGACCUGGACCCUAAACAGCCAGUAAAGCUUGACAACCUCUGGUUACUAUCUACGCCGGCUUCUGAUGCCUUCAAGGAAGGGGAGGUGUACCUUACCGUCCAAACUUGGAAAAAACAACCAGAUACUAGUCGAAAGCAGACUUACAGCGCCAAAACCAACAUAUAUAAGCCCCUACAUUGCCCUCGACUUUCCAUGCCGACGGAGACUAUACACAUCGAGAAUAGAACACCUCAAUCAACCCCGAUUCUCAAUGAGGAACUACUUGCCAUCCACGCUGGUUUCUCAAGCCCUUUAGCGUGGAUAGAGGUUUCGAAGUAUAUGGACGUGUCGGUCAAGGAUACUAGUAGAGGAAAACCACCUACUCCAUCGUCAGCAUCGCCAUUUUUCUCAAUUUUUCGACGGCUCUGGACAUUAUUCCCCUCUUUCGUCCGAACAUCCGUCUACGAUAUUUUAGCUCGGAUUGGUCUACGUUUGUACGGCCCUUCACUUUCGAUGACCGUAUUCAAAUUACCGUUCGGUUUAUAUCUUCGUAGGGGGUCACCACUCCUAGCGCCAAAGUACCAUGUUGAAGCUCAUACCCUGAAAUUGGUAGAGCAAUCGACCCGGAUUCCUGCUCCCAGGGCAAUUGAUGUUGUGGAAACUCCUCGUUUUUCUUACCUGCUCAUGACUUGCGUUCCUGGACGCCCGAUCGGCCCACAAUUUAGUACAAUGACUGAUGGAGAAGUAGAGCAAGCCGUAGUUGACUUGAAGGAAUAUGUUUCGGAACUUCGAAAAAUAUCACGAAAGCCAACAGAAUACCAGAUUUGCAAUUCCCAAGGCGGGGGUAUCUUGGAUUGGCGAAUUCCCGAUAGCCAGCGUGAAGAGCUACGCUUCAAGUCCGAAGCUGAGUUCAACAAAUAUUUGACAGAUCCGUUCUGGGAAGAAAUUCGGAUAAAAGCUGCCAAAUCGCAUGACAUUUACCACGAUAUUGUUUUUACUCACGGUGAUCUCAACCCAAGGAAUAUUCUUGCAGAAAAUGGCAGAAUAACGGGUAUUGUCGAUUGGGAAAAUGCGGGUUGGUUUCCAGAGUACUGGGAAUAUACGAAGGCACAUUAUACAGUCCGCGGCUUGAAACACUGGCUUGUUGAUGUUGUUGACACUGUAUUUCCAGGUUAUCGUGAUGAGUUGGUGGUGGAAAAUAUGCUUUCUGACCUUUUAGGCCCCUUUUAA